AACCCUCAGUAGUGUAUGAGAGUGUGAAGUGGGAGGUUGUGUGUGCUCGUCUCCCUGGAUAGUUGCUUACCAGUAAACAUCCUCACUCACCACUGCUGCUCACCACUACACACCAGCCUGAGUUAUGUGGUAAAGAGAUGAGACGAGAGAUGGUUGUAACGCUGCUGGUGGUGGUGGGCGUGAUGCUGGUGGGCGUGAGUGACGCCCACGUCGCUCUCACCUUCCCUCCCGCCCGCAAAUAUAACCUAGACUUCCUGGACACCUUCAGAACCCAGGCGCCGUGUGGCAUGCCCAAAGGAAACAUCAGAACAUCACUGCUACAAGGAUCAUCAUUCAACGUUACUUGGCACUUAGCCUACCCUCACAGGGGUGGGUUUCGACUGGAGUUGUUGGAUGCCCAAGAACGACCCCUGACUGACCUCACUCCUGUCACUGCUGAUUCUAAGUUCCUUUCUGACGAUGCCACUGCACAGUCAUUCAGGAUCACCCUGCCCACUGAUUUGGAAUGUAUAGGGUGCACCAUCAGGCUCCUGCGUCAGGCCACAGAAUGGGGUGGCAAGUACCAGUUCUGGUCCUGUGCUGAUGUUGAUAUCGUCCAAAGAAACAGCUACCGAGAAACUUGCAGUGGCAAUGGCAGGUAUAUGGUUGCUCGGUGCCGGUGCAACAAACGCUUCUUUGGUGAUCGAUGCCAGUAUGAAAAUGAGUGUGAUAAUGAUGACGACUGUGGACUAUUUGGACGAUGUGUGGAUUUGGAUGCCACUACAUACCCGAAGAAAAUAUGCUAUUGCCGACAAGGGCGGUUUGGCCCUAAGUGUACUAAAACAUCCUUGGUAACAAAUCGGGAUACCAUAAAUUUGAAAGUAUACUACAAGAAGGAUUUGAGUGAGAAGAUGACCCUAUACUGGAGAAUUUUACAAAUUGAGGGAGAGAUAGAGGUGGUGCUGGUCAACAAUGGGUCCUCAUAUGUUUCUCUGGGCUGGAGGCCUCAAGAACUGACCACAAAAUGUAAGCAGUUCCCCUAUAUAUCUGGAACAGUUAGUCCUGGUGCUACUGCUGGUGCAGGUGCCCAAGCUGAACCUGAGCCAGAAAGUGAACCUGAAGCCGAACCUGAUGCUACAGCCAAAUCCAAAGAUAAGGUAAAGCCUGAUGGAGCUGCAGCAGAGCCAGAGCCUGAGGCAGAUCUACCAGCUGGUGCUAAGUCUGAGGCUGAUCCCACUGCUGAACCUGAGCCACAACCCACAGAACCUACUCCUAAAUUAAGUCUUGCAGACGAUGUUGACUCAGAUCGUGUUACUGGCCUUCUGGUGCCCAGAGGAAAACGGGACACCCUCUCCAGGAAAAAGCGGUUUGCUGUUCCACUUCUGAAAGCUGCAGAGAAAAAUGGAACAGCAGGUGCUGUAAUGAAAGAUGAAGCUCAUGCUGAGCCAGAGGCAGAAGCAGAAACAACGGCCGAGCCAAAUGCAAAGGCAGAACCAGAGCCAGAGGCUGAAGCUGAGCCUGAGCCUUUGAGUGGUGAUUCACCUUAUGUACCUAAAGGUGAUUUUCAUGCUAUGGACUGCACAGAUAUUGUUAUUGGCUCUGCGGUUGGACAUCAUUACCGUAUUGAUGAUUAUUACACCCGUGACCGCUCCACUCCAAAGGUGGAUAGUUACUGGGGUGGUGACAGUUCGCUCACUGCAGCGCUGGGUUGGGAGGCUGAUGGGGUAACGACAAUAUUGUUCAGGAGGAAACUUGAAGCCUCCCAUCCAACUGACCACAGCAUUACAAACUCUCUCAUGCAUGUCAUCUGGGCUCGAGGACAAGAGGCAGGAAUGUAUGUUCACUCUCCCACCUCUGGCUUGGAGUCAGGCUCUGCCAGUGUACCGGAUUUCUAUCGACCCGACGAAAUAAAGUACCAUGGCAAGAAAGGCCAAAGAGGUGUAGUCUCAAUGAACUUCUUAGAAAAAAUAUCUGUCGCAUCUUCGGCAAAUAAGGAUGAAAUUAACUGGUGUGGCAACCACUGGAAAUACCCAGGAAAUUGUAAACCUGGUAUAGAUUGUGAGUACUAUGCCAAAUGGGAAUAUUUUGAGGCAACAGACGAUAUCAAAUUUACAAUCCAGACGUCGCAUAACGACCGUUGGACUGGUAUUGGUUUUUCGGACAAUACUAGAAUGACGUUGACCGAUGCAGUGAUAGGAUGGGUAGAGCGUUCGGGUCGUUACUUCAUGUUUGAUGCUUGGUGUCACUCAUAUGCGCCUCCUAGUGUUGAUCCUGCACAAGGCAUCAGGAAUGAGAGUGGUUACAAUGAAAAUGGAAUCUCAACUAUCAGUUUUGUGAGAAACAGAAUUUCUAAAGAUACAGGAUAUGAUCUAAGCUUUACUGAUAAUGAUUGUCUCUACAUGAUGUUCCCUACUAAAGGUGGGACUGUCAACUAUGUCAAUAAGAGAAUACGAAAACAUGAAGCAGUUCCUACAAUAUCCAGUGAAAGAGUCUGCAUACGCUCUUGUUCCAAGUUUGGUGGGGCUGAUGGAAGGCCAUUUGUGUACACCACCACACCUCGUCCACCUCAGCUGCACUAUGAAGUUGAAGUCAUGUUGACGAACGUUGGCAGUAAUUACCAGAUCCCAGAGCCGGGGUCGACAGCUUGGCGACAACUGUCUGACAGUGUGCGGUCCUCCAUGGAAGGCGUACUGAAAACUGUUCCAGGAUAUCAAGUAAUUGAUAUCACCAACCUAAAAUAUGAUGGGAAAGGCAACCUUCUCACCAAGAUGGAAGUUGUGUUGGACAAAACUUUACAUGAAGCAAAGGUUGGAGAAGUCCCUCCUCCUAAAGAUGAUACCGGAGAAGUGGGAGAUGAAUCAAUGGUGCGAAGAGUCUUGAGAGAAGCAGUCGAACAUGGUUCUGUUGGCGCCCUGCAGGUUAAUCCUCAGUACCUUCGAGUCAAUCAGUUACGAGGUACGCUGCCCAUGCCGAGUAUUUCCUUUCAGGAUCCCUCAGGUGAGAGGAUUUUCCAGGAGCCUUCUUUCAGCAUUGCUCCUGGGUCAUUUGGGGUUGGUCCACAAAUACCAGCACAUAGAACAUCCAGUUUUCUUACUCCAAGGAACCCUGCUCAUAGGCCUACAGCUGAACAGCAGUCACAGUCUGAACCUGAGCCAGAUUCUGAACCUCAUCCUGAGCCAGAGUCUAAACCUCAUCAGUCAGAAUCUGAACCUCAUUCUGAGCCAGAGUCUGAACCUCAUCAGUCAGAAUCUGAACCUUAUCCUGAGCCAGAGUCUGAACCUCAUCCUGAGCCAGAACCACAAUCUGAACUUAAUUCUGAGUCCGACUCCAAGUCUGAGCCAGAGCCAAAGCCAGAAUCAGAAUCAGGGGCUGAGAUUCAGUAUCAUGUAGGAGAUAGGAAUGAUGAGCCAGCCUCAGAGAGUAAGCCUUCAUCUCACUCACCUCUGAAUCAGCAUCCAUCUAGCCAGCCAGCUCCUGGCCAACUGCCACCUUAUCAUUUGUCAGCAGCUGGAGUUCAGCCUCUUUAUAGACCAACACAAAAUGAACAGCCAUUCCAUCAGUUUCUCCAAGGUCAGCAGGCAUCAUAUGAAGCAGUUCCAUCAAAUUUGCCACAAAAUGCUGACAAGCAAGGAACUGGUUAUGAUAGUGAGACCAGUGCUGUUAAUGACAAGAUUCAGUCCCUUAGUCCAAGCGCUGGCCAAGUAACAUGGGGUAGAUUUACAUUUUCCCCACUGGCUUCUAAACAGUAUCUUCCCCCUGCAGACACACAGACGUUUGACUCAGUUUCGUUUAAACCUUACGUCCUUCCUGGCGCACAUCACCACCUUCUAGUUUUCUAGCCUUCUGCUGAAUGGAAUAUUUAACCAGUCAUGAGAUAAGACCUCACCUCUCAUCUGUGGAAGAUGGUACAUUACUUGAGGAUUGAAUGAUGUACAAAAAGUAGAAAGAUGUUUUUGAAAAAAUCACUAGUAAUUAAAUUUUAGUUGGCUGCUUCAGUAGGAUGUCUUUUUGUUCUGAAGUUGUUUUAAGUCAGCAAGGUUGUCUUAGGUCUAGGGAGUCUUAUGCCUGAAUAUCAUGUAACAUCCCUGGAUACAAAUUUGAUAUUUGUCAUUUUUUUUAAAUGCUUUCUAUAAAAAUGAUAUUAAAAUCAAAAUGGGAAACUUGAUCAUGUAUUAAUGUAUUUCAUACAGAAAUGGGUAAACAUAUACAGUACAUAAAUUUACAUAUUCCAGAUAUAAUUUUAGGUUUUUGAAAGAUACAUACCAUAUAUGGGUAAAUAUAUAUAAAUUUAUAUAGUACAUGUAUAUAUCAUGUUUAUAUCGUAUAUUGGAGGUAAAGAAAGAAGUAUACCAGAGUAUAGUAGUAAGAACAUUAUGAUGAUUGUGAAGAAUAAGUUUUAAACAUUGUAGCCAGCAGGAGGUUGGAGGCAGUGGAGAUGUUGUGUUUGAGGGCAGUGUGUGUGGGCUGAAUAUUAUGCAGAGAAUUUGGAGUGUAAUCAUGGUAACAUUUAUGAAGGGAUCCAGGGCAAACUGGUUAGUUGGAUUUGAGUCGUGGAGGUGGGAAGUACUGUGCCUGCACUCUGGCAGAGGGGUGGGGAUGCUGCAGUUCAGAGUGUUGUCUGAACUCUGAUGUCACCUGUGUGAAUGGGUCAUUAGUGUGUAGUUCAAGGCUGUGUGAGUAGGUCAGUGUGUGCUAUUCAGGGCUGUGUCAGGUCACAGUUUGUGCUAUUCAAGGCUGUCGGUAGGUCACAGUGUGUGCUGUUCAAGGCUGUGUCAGUAGUUCACAAUGUGUGCUGUUCAAGAUUGUGUCAGUAGGUCACAGUGUGUUGUUCAAGGCUGUUUUAGUAGGUCAAUGUGUACUGUUCAAGACUGUCAGUAAUCACAGCAUGUGCUGUUCAAGGCUUCUGUCAGUAGGUCAGUGUGUGGUGUUCAAAGGCUUCUGUCAAUAGGUCACAGUGUGUGCUGUUCAAGACUCAGUAGGUCACAGUGUGUGCUGCUCAAGACUGUGUCAGUAGGUCACAGUGUGUGCUGUUUGAGGCUGUGAGUGGGGUCAGUGUGUGUUGCUUGAGGAUAUUUGCUUGAUUAUUAUUAUAAUCAAAAAGAAGCGCUAAGCCACAAGGACUAUACAGCGAUAUUUGCUUGAAAAAAUUUUAAUCAUUGAGAGGGUAAGAAUGACUUAUUAUUUUUACAGGAAUAUCUGCACUCCAAGACCAUUUUAAAGAUUUAAUUUUGUGAUAAAAAUAAUCAUCCUGCAUUUUUUUUUUUAAAUUGCAUCAGUUUCCCAUUUAUGUUUUAUUAUCAUUUUUAGUUUUUAUUGAUGCUUUUUUCUUUAUUAUUGGUUGUGGUAAGUAAUUAAUUCAAAUACUGUACUAUAUUUUUUUAGUAUUACAGGACACUGUAUUACUAUGUAAUUGUUAUGUAUGGAAAUAAGAUAGCUACUGCUGUACAUGUGUACUAAUAUAUAAUCCAUGUGCACCAAUCACAGUAGAAUGUUUCAUAAAGAUUAAUGGCAAUUAAGAUUUCUUCACCAUUAGGAAUUGUAAUAAUAAAUUAAUAGUACAUUUUAAAGCUAUAAAAGUAUACUCUGAGAGGAAUAUCCAUAUUCUUUACUUUCAUUGAGUUUUUGCAUGCCUGUGUAAUGAGAAAACACCUGCAAGUGUGUGGAAUGAACUGUGAGAUGAGACCAAGAGAAAUUAGAGCUAUAUGGGAGCAGAAUUUGAAAAAAAGCAAAAUGAUCAGAUUUCCUUCAAGGCUCUCACUCAUCAUUCAUGUUUAAUACUCGAGUAAAAAAUCACAUUCUUAGCUCUACCGGUGGACUGUUGCUUUGCUUUCUUCUCUAACUGGGAAAGGUUUCUUUUCCUAACCUUUCACAUUGUUUUCAUAGCCUGUGUUGAAGCUCUUUCUUACAGCUGGUGUAAAUAAUCUUAUCCUCCAAUUUGGUUAGUAUACGGUGGACCCCCGACUUAUGAUAUUAAUUCGUUCCAGAAGGCUGUUCGGGUGCCGUUACCGAACGAAUUUGCUCCCAUAAGGAAUAUUGUAAAUUAGAUUAGUCCAUUUCAGACCCCCAGAAAUACACUUACAAAAGCACUUACAAAAAUACACUUACAUAAUUGUUUGAGUUGGGAGCUGUUUGUAAGUCAGAGGUCCACUGUACUAAAGUGUGGCAGUGGUUUUCCACACUAAAUUUCACCACACCACAACACUAUAAAUAACCAAAUUGAAGUAGUAAGAUUUUACUGCACUACACACUUCCAUUUUGAUGCAGCUCCCUUAAUAGCAUGUAAGAUGAUGGAGAGGGAAAUUUCAUUUUAUAUACGUAAUAUACAAUCACUUUUUCACACUGAAUGAAUUUACAAAAAAAAAAUAAUGUUAUGUUUAGCAGGAUUGAAAACAUCUUGAAAAAUGAUUUAAUAUGAAUAUUGCAAUGCUAUUUUUUCUUUGUAAGAGAUACAGUAUUAUUAUUACAAUCAAAGCACUGAACCACCAGGGUCAUACAGUGCUGAAGAGAUACAGUGGUACAUAUAUUAUGUAGCAUUAUAUGUACUUACAUCAUAAAUAUUGCAUGCUGUUGUGAGUUUUUAAGAUUAGUAUUAUUCCUUAUCUU